UGCCAUAGCAACCAUCGCCCAUCUCCAGACACAACUUGGCGACCCCGGUUAUCGAUAACCACGAAAAUUUGGUUGGUCGAGCGUGUGUGCGCUGCUCUGUUCGUGUACACUUUAUUUUCAAUUGGUGAAAAUUGUUACAAAACUGGCGAGAAAAUAUGUGAAAAUAGGAAAAAAGUGAAUAUCCGCACUCGAACCGGGCGUGCACAAAUGAAUUGGCGACGCCCCACACUGGGAAAGUGUAUAAAAUUGCAAAAAUAACAAAGGCGUUAACUACGGGACGACGGACGAAGGCAAAAUAGACGCUACGCCGAUCUUUCCCCUACAGUGUGUAUAUUCAGCGUUGCAACUAAUUAGUUUAAAGCAAGUAAAUGCUAGUAAAAUACGGCCAACGCGGUGCCAGUGGACAAAAGCGAGAAAAAGUACAGUGAAAAAUUUUCGAUUGUCGGCGCACGACGAAGACGAGCAGGCAGCAGCAACAUAAGAAGAAGCAGCAGCAAAAACGAAACAAACGAGAAGGAGAGAAGAAACGGCGAUUUUGCAUUCGUGUGAGCGCGCUUGUGAGUGUGUGUGUGUGUGAGGGUGGAAUAUAAACAAAAAAUUAACAAUACAAAAAUCAAGAACAAUUGCUCGACUUGGCAAAAAGUAAAAUGUCACAUUUGCCUUUGGAUGCACGGGCUAUACUGCAGUAUCUAAAUGACUUGGGCUAUAGGAAUAUAUCAGCCGAGCAACUCCGUGAAUUUCUGAAAGACUUGCGCAAGCUCAUCAAGCAUGAGGAGCGUCUGGCGGAGAACGCAAGGGCGACCCAUUCCAGCAGCAACAACUUGUAUAAACGCGGCACCGUCAGCUCGCGUGCCAAAUUAACUGGAGACAAGGAUAAGGAGAAUGCGGCCCCUACAUCAUCGUCGUGGGCCAGUGGCAAGAAGGAUUCCAGGACUGAUCAGAAUGACCAGGAGCAGUUGCAUCGUUCGAAUGGAGGCUCGAACUCUGAUGAUUUAGCUCGACUCUUCAAGGAGAAGCUCCUGAUGGAAGCAUCCAUACCUCCAGCUGGCCUUAGGGAUUUGAAUCCGGUUAAUCCUGUAGCCCGCGGCAGGCGUCGCAGUCGCAGCAAGACCCGCCAGGAGAAGGAGCCGCGGGUAUCUAGCGGCUGGGAAUCGGAUCGGAAUGUGGAUUUUAACAGGAUGCAACGUCGUCGGCGCAGUAAAUCUCAUCCACGCAGUACCAGUCGCGGAUCCUAUUUGGAUCGACGCCGUGGAAAGGCCAAGCACUGUGAUCCGGUUGCCCUAUUUCAGUAUUAUCAGAAAGAGUGGGCUCAUUUUCGAAGUCAGAUUCCCGGCGAGUCUGGGCACAUGAAUGCCCGGGUUGAAGUACGCCAGAAGCUGAAGUAAAAAAGAUAUAUUUUACAAUCCCAUACCUCGAUCAUUUCAUUAACUUUUAUAUAAAAUUUGUAAUCCAUUUCAUUCAUUAUUGUGCAUAAACACUUACACUUUCCAAAAGCUUCAAAAGACUAAUGAAAUAAAGAUUUAAAAUGUGAAUUAAA